GCCAUGCUGCAAAACUCAGUGCAUAACAGCAACAAUAACAACAACAUUACAAGCACCACCUUACAUUCACCGGACAGAACACCAGCAUCGUUGGUCAGUACAACCACACCGACAAAAACGACCGCCGAUGACCAGGACGACGAGACGCUCAUACGUGAGACACAAGCGGCACUUAAAAGCCUCUCGGGCAGUUGGCCACCGGAAGCGCGCAACAAUCUGUACCGUCUGCAGGAUCAGGACGAGAAUCCGCCCCCGUUUCAGAAUCUCUUCGAAGAGAAACAAAAGUACGGCACACAAACGCUAACAACCGACAAAGAAACUUAUUUUCAAACUGAUCUCUUACGUUUCCACAGACAAAAGGAAAACGAUCAGGCGCGUAUCAAUUCACAGCACGCCGAACAUACAACGUUUGACGAGCGUAAACGUACCACAGCCUUCUCGCAAGCGUCCGCCUUUAAGCCACCACACGAUAUCAAACGCAACGGUCUCAUACCCUAUCCGCCGGGCGCAACAGCUAUGGCAUCAGUGACGUCCUCGCUUCCACCACCGCCACAUUACCCCAUCUACACCAACAUGAAUGACUCUUCGGCUGCAUACCUGAGCUAUCAGCCACACACGCUAGCCGACUCCAACACAAUGUCCAUGCUGCCGCCCGCGCGUCCUACACCGACAACGCCCGGACACGCCAAUGGUUUCGAUAUCGCCUCGCAAAUCGGCGCCACCGAUAGCAAAAUCACAGAGCUCAAGCCCGCGCUGGCAGGCGGCGUGGAGUUGCAUAAGCAUAAUGAAGCGCUUGGCACGCCUGGUGUAGUGGGCGCUGCCUCAGCUGGUGGCCCAGCAACGGCGGCUGACACUAAGCACUACACCAUACUGCAACCGGCCGGUGUGGGCAGUCGUGCGGCAUCGGUGAUGCAGGAUAUAGCACGUGAGGGCGUGGUAACAGCGGUCACAGCUGUGGGCAGCAACAAUAGUAACGGCGGUGUUGGCGCAACGGUUAGCAUACCACAACCGACCUACUCGCCGGGCAGCAUCAAUCGUGGCGAUGGCACCAAGUGCCCCACUCCAAGUUGCAACGGCCAAGGACAUAUCACGGGGCUUUACUCACACCAUCGCAGCUUAUCUGGUUGUCCAAAACGUGAUAAAGUCACCUCGGAAUCUGUGGUAGACACGCUAAAGUCCGAGCCAAAGGAGCUGCCUCAUUUGGAAAAGUUAAAAAUCGCCUCAAAUCAAUACUUGAAUAACAACAACAUCAGCUGCAUUAAUAACAAUAGUGGGCACAUCACGACCGGCAGCAACAACAAUAGUAACACUUCCGCCAGCCACAACACACUCAGUCACAGCUCGAGCUCGACAACGAACUCAAGUGCGGCGAGCAACGCAAUGCCAAUUAUCAAAUCGGAAUUCAGUCCGGUCGCCAGCGUCAAGUCCGAAUACAACAAAAGUCCCAUGCAUCCAUAUAUGAACAAUGCGGACAGCACCGGCGGUGGCACAACAGACCGCUCGGCUAACGGUAAUGCGCCCAAUACCGGCGCUGUGUCCACUACGAACUCAGAUAAUUUGCACGCGCCACACUUAAGUGGUGUCCGAAGUGCGGCCGGAACACUUCAAGCAUCCGGCUACGUGAGCAUGCAGCAGCAGCAACAGCAUCAACAACAGCAGCCACCCCAACAGCAGCCACCAACGCAUACAAUGGCCGACCCACAUCAGCAGCAACAUCAACAGCAGGCGCAACAACAAAGUCCACAUAAUCCACAUCAACAACAACAACAGCACACAAUGCAUCAACAACGCGGUCCAUUCAUCGAAGACUCAUCAUCGCUAAUGAUGUCCGCUGGCAAUGGUGCUUCCGUGAACGGUGCCGAUGCCUAUCGCACUGAUGGUCAUCACGAUGACGCACAACAUCAACAACAUCACUACGAGCAUAUGCGCUAUGCGCAACACAUGGGGAAUGAUGUUGCUGGCGGUGGCGCCGGCGUUGGUGAUGGCAGUCUAGGUGGCGGUAAACCUCCAACAUCUGCUUAUGUACAGGAAAUGCUUACUGCCAAUGGUGCACCCACCAAUGCGAUGUCGCCCAAUGCACGCGCCUACGAUGGCAACCCACCCACAUCGCUCUCAUCGGCCGCCGCUGCAGCCGCCUAUGCUGAUGCCACAGGCGUAUCCAGUGUAGCCGGUAUGCCGACGGCCUUCGAACGCUACGAUCCCAUUUGCAAUGGUCAGCGUCAGGGUCCACCGUCGAAUAUGUAUCACUAUCUGCCACAGUCCGCAGACGACUUGCAAGUGCAGCAGCAGAAAUACUUGCAAGAACAACAAAUGUUAAUGGCCAAAGCGGAACACGACGAACUCGCCAAUGGUGGUCCAAUAUAUCCCCGUCCCAUGUAUCAUUAUGAUCCAAGUAUGGGUCCAUUGCCGCCAGGCUUUUCCGCCAUUAAUUUGUCUGUGAAAAUGGCAGCGGCGCAAGCAGCAGCCGCCGCAGCCGCUUACCAAAAUCAACAGCAGCAGCAACAACAACAGCAACAGCAACCGAAGCAAAGCGGUUCACCAUCACCACCUGGUGCUCCGGUCGUCGAUUUGUCAGCCUCCGCCUCGGUGACUUCGUCCAGUCCGCACGGUUUCAACUCGCCAGCUUCACAUAAUCAGUACAGUCAGCGCAUGGGCGCUGGCAGUCCACAGCCUGGUGCAAGCCCCAACAUCGCCAGUCCUCAAGUGCCAAGUCCUCAGGGACAAACGUUGGAUCUGAGCGUCACACGCCUGCCACACAGUAUUAUCACGAGCCCACAGUACGGUACACAUCCCGACGGUCUAGUCGUCGGUCACCCACAAGGCUUUGGACCAGGUGUACCACCAACCGGCGCUAACGGUGCGCCACGUUCACCACAAAUGGAACCAGUCGAUUUUAGCGGACCCCCGCGGCCACUCGGCUUCGGGCUGGUCGGACACAUAGGCGGACCACGUCCAUAUAGUCGUGAAUCGACACCGGACAGCGGCGGUUCGCACUACAUCGACAGCUAUCGUGAUCCAAGUGGCUACUCCCCUCAUCCAGGUUAUGGCAUGGUCGUACAAUCUGAUUAUCCCCCAGCCGGCUAUCAUGGCUACGGUCCAGCCGCAUAUCAAUGCAGCAAUCCUUAUGCGACUGCUGUCGGUCCCGGCGGAUAUCCGACACCCGUAUCGGGCGGCUACUCACCCAGUCCAGCGUCGUGUUACUCCAUGCCGCCGCCACAGCAUAUACCACAACACGACAAGACAAAGGAUAGUUUGACGGGCUGUACGCGCAGCGAUCGCAAUCAUCUGCAGCCGCACUCGCAAGAACUGAAAUGUCCCACACCCGGCUGUGAUGGUUCGGGUCAUGUCACCGGCAAUUAUUCAUCGCAUCGCAGUUUAUCGGGUUGCCCGCGUGCCAAUAAGCCGAAGAGUAAGCCGCGCGAUGGACAGGACUCAGAGCCGCUGAGAUGUCCCAUACCCGGCUGUGACGGCUCUGGCCAUUCCACUGGCAAAUUCUUAUCGCAUAGAAGCGCCUCCGGCUGUCCCAUCGCGAAUCGCAAUAAAAUGCGCGUACUCGAGGCCGGCGGCACCGUAGAACAGCAUAAAGCCGCCGUCGCUGCGGCGACUGCGAUGAAGUUUGACGGUGCGUAUGCUCAACAUUUUGGUUGCGGCAGCGCUGCCAGUCAAGGCAUGAAGAAACCCAAAUUCGACGAUGUUACAAUGGUCUACCCCAAGGGCUAUACAGGCAUCGACAUGAUGAUGGGCGGUGUCGGUUCCGCUGUCUCCUCGUCCGCUUCCGUUUCAAGUAAUCUCAGCAAUAGCAGCAGCAACAACAACGCCUCGGUGGUGAGCUCAACUGCUGCGCUGGGCAAUGUCUCGUCGUCGGUGACCGGCACUGCAACACUGCCCGACAGCUUGCAAGGCAACAAUACCGCCAACAACAACAGUAAUGGCAAUAACGCAACAAAUAACGCGAACAACAACAAUAAUAAUAAUGUGCCCUCAACAAAUGGCGGCGGCGGCGGCGGCAAUGGCAGCGGCGUGGGUGAGGACUUGAACACGCUCGAAGCGGAGAUCUCGGAAUUGCAACGGGAGAAUGCGCGCGUCGAAUCGCAAAUGAUGCGCCUCAAGUCCGACAUAAAUGCCAUGGAAUCACAGUUGCACACCAGCGAUAGGGAGGCUUCUCCGCUGAGUACUCAUCAACAGCGUAAUCUCGCUGCGGUGACUAUCAAUGCUGGAGGAGCAACAGCUCUUGGGAGCGUCUCCUCCAGCGCCUCAAUCGCCUCCCCGCUCAGCAAUCACAACGGCAGCGGCAACAGCGCCAACGGCAACGGCAACGGCAACAGUAACAUCAACCUCGGCGGCAGUGGUGGAGCCGGCGGCAACAACAACAGCAACGCCCUCUCCAGCACAAACAUCUCACACUCCCUCGCCAGCAGUCACGCCGGCACCAUAGGCAGUCACAGCCAUAGUCACAGCGGCAGCUAUUUAACACCGCCACCAAGCGUCAGCAUCAGCACCACCACCUCCUCCACCGCGUCUAGCGGCGGUCCACCCACAUCCAGUUCCUAUUACGAGAGUUUACGAAACAACGUUAUCACGCUACUUGAACACGUACGACUACCACCACCCGGCGGCAACAAUGGCGGCACAAGCAUGAGCGCGAGUCCACUAAGCGGUGGCGGCGGCGGCAAUAAUGUGAGCAGCACCAGCAUAGGCGGUCAUCCAAGUGAUGGUCUAGGCAAUAGUUUAUCCUCGAAUUUGACGGGAUUGCCUGCCACCGCCGAAGUGUUGAGUAAUCAGCAAUUGACCAGCGCUUACGGUGUGCCACAUCCAUCACAUCCCACACUCAUACCACCAAGUCCAUUACCCACAGCCUCCAUUGCGCCCACAAAUGUGGUUAGCGGUGCUGUGUCCAUGUAUGCAGCACCACCCCACCAUUUAGCCGGCACGCAUCCGGGUAUGUUGGGUCCACCACCGCCGCCGCCUCCGCCACCACAUGGCGCCUCAAUGCCGCCACAUCAUCCGUACACCGUACAUCAUCCAGCUGGUUAUGCGCAUCAUGAACCCUUCGACUCAUACAUAUCAAAGCUACAAUCACUCUGUGUGCCACCCGAUGUCUAUGCACUACCCGAUGAUGCCGGUCGUGCCGUGUACGAUACAGUUAAGCCGAGUUUGCAUCAAGACUACACGCUAAUGCCGACGCCGAUUUAAGCGUGGAUGAGAAGCGGGUUGGUGUGGGAAAGCGACUAUUAGGUUUAAUUAGCUGAAACUGGAACCGCCUUCCUUGAUAGUUUCUACAAAGGUUCAAACACAGCAUACAAUACCAGAGAGCUCUGACAGCAAGAGGAAUAAGAAGAGGUAGAGCGGUGAGUUAAAUUAUAAUUUUGUAUCAAACAAUUUGAACGAUCGGUGCACCCCUAAAAAUAUGUACAGUAGAGAUAAAUUUAGGAUGAUUGGUAAUGUUUCCAAGUUCUUACUAUAAGAGGCCGAAUUCUCCAGAAUAAUUUAAUACUUACAGUCCAAGAGGGCACAAGGAACGUCCAAUGAUUUAGCUUCAAUCGACUAAGCGUUUUUUUUUCCGAACAUGUGGUCAUCCUCAUAUGUAAAUGGAUUUAAAAAUAUGCCAUCUGGAACAAGAAGCUUAUUACAAAUCCUACAUAAGAAGCUUUCGUUUUUAUUAUUAUGCAUAAAAACGUUUCAAAAUUCAGUCAAAAGCCUUAGAUUUAUUAUUAUAUUGAAAUCAUCAGUGAAAGCUGGUAUUAUGAUGUUAGUUCGUUUCCUUAUAAGAAUGAAAUACUUUGCUUCAUUUAUAAAAACAUUGAGAACUGCAGAAAAUAUUGUUAAAGCUUCACAGCUGAAAGCUUCGAUGAAAGCUCGCAUAAUGUUAAAGCUCCUUAGCGGCAAAAGCAAAUAACGAUGAAAGCUCAUUGGAGAAAAUGUGAAAAAGGAAAGAAUACUUCUCUAUGAUUUUUGGGAUUAUUACUUAACAAAAAUUUCUGAACUUUUUCCAACAUUUUUUCAAUAUACUAAUGUACAUACCAUAACUUAGGAGAAUAAAAAGCGAAAUAAAAUAAUGAAAAAUAGUAUAUAUAAUAGUUAUAGCGAAAAGACAGGUAUCAAGCAUUAGCCUUACAAAAUCUAUUUAAAUAAUUUGUAUAAUAAUUUGUAACUACUAAAAAAUCUGAUAAUAUGUCUGUAUUUGUAACUGUAUAUGGGUACAGAUGUGCAAUUGUAAUUAUGUAGAUAAGAAGUGAUAACUGCGGAAAAUAUUUUUUUCGGACCUUCUAUGCGAAGAAUGGAGUAUGUGUUCGGCAACUAAAUACUAGUCAGAAAAUUAACUCGAUAUAGUAAGUUCUAGCGAUAGUAAUCGAUGUAUGAGUACUAAUUAUAUAUAAUGUUGUUGUUUUAUACAGUUACAGCAACAACAAAUAAUUAUACUAAAACAAAUACUGAUAAACUUGAGCUAUAGAAAAGGGUAUACGAAUAUAUGGGGCUUUUCGAAAGCUUGGUAGAAGACUUGGCGGUGGAAGGAAGUCGUGGAAAGCUGCUAAAGACGCUACUUCUGCCAGUUAGCUUAUGACUCUGAAAGCAUGUGAAAGCUUUCGAAGCAGAGCUGUAGUAAAAUUAAAAAAUUGUAUAUAAAUAUGCGUGUAUCUCUUUAAAAAGGUGAACUUUGCCGCCGAAAUUCCUUAGUGCGCUAAGAAUUAUAGUAUCUAACGGUAAAUGUAUGUAUAUAAAUGUAAAUUAUGUAGAAAUAUUGAAUUUAUAAUAGAUGUGCAGUUCCGCAAUACAGCGAAGUAUUAGAGAAUCCCCACUAAUACACUAUGGCUGAAUAUAUAUCGUCAUCUAAAAUGUAACAUCACUUUUUAUAAGUUUACAGGCGAAGGAAAAACGACA